AUGCCCGAGUCACUCCCAGUCCUCGACCUCUCGCAGCUCGAUGCAGGGCCCGAAGCUGCAGCGUCCUUCCGCGACGACCUCCGCCGCGCAACCCACGAGGUCGGCUUCUUCUACCUCACCGGCACCGGCAUUCCACCCGCGCUCGAGGAGCGCAUGCUGUCGACCUCUCGCGCCUUCUUCAACCUUCCCGAGGAAGACAAGGUUGAGAUCGAGAACACGCACUCUCCUCACUUCCGGGGAUACACCCGCUUAGGGGGCGAGCGUACCCUUGGUGCCAUCGACUGGCGCGAGCAGAUCGAUAUCUGUCCGGAGGGCCGUGCACUCACCGCAGAAGAGAGGGAAGGCAAGCCGCCGUUCGCCCGUCUGGUGGGCCCGAACCAGUGGCCCGUGGCGCUGCCCGCUCUCCGGUCGGUCGUGGAGGAGUGGACCGCGUUCCUUACUUCCGUGGCACACAAACUCCUAAGCGCUUGGGCCGAGGCGCUUGGAGAGAAGGCGGACUUUUUCGACGCCUCGUUCGGCGAGCCGUUCACACUCCUCAAGAUCAUCCGCUAUCCCCAGAGUGAGGGGACUGACCAGGGCGUCGGGAGCCACAAGGACGCCGGCGUGCUCACCCUCCUCUGGAUCGAGGAGGGCAAGGCCGGCCUCCAGGUCGAACACGGAGGCACUUGGAUUGACGCACCCCCAGUCCAAGGUGCGCUCGUCGUUAACAUAGGCGAGAUGCUCGAGUAUGCCACGCAGGGGUAUCUCAAGGCGACGACUCACCGCGUUCUCGCCCCAAGAGACGGAGAUCGAGUCAGCAUCCCGUUCUUCUUCAACCCGGCGCUGGACGCGCGCCUCCCCCUUGUCCGCAUGCCUGCUGGGCUUGUUGCACCAGGCGUAUCGCAAGACCCCAGGAAUCCAAUCCACAGCCUGUACGGCGAGAACUGCCUCAAGAGCCGGUUGCGUGCUCACCCAAACGUCGCCGAGGCUCACUACGCCGACCUUGCUGCAUCUUAA